AUGCCCUCAGAGGCUGUGAGCGUGGACGCGUCUCCAAGGACAGAUGACCUCCUUCUCUGUUCCACACCUCCAGGUUUCCUGGACUCUGAGAGUCUCCGGUGGUCCCUGCCCGCCUCGGGUUUAUUUAUUGACUGCCGACUGUCUUUUCCCCCUGUCCUCGAGAGAGGAGUGGGAGGUGAGAAGCUCGCCCCCUCAGUGAGCCAGCUUUUCGGGGGUAACUGGCACACUCCCACUCCCCCUCUCCCUCAGCCAAGCUGCCUUAACUCGCCCCUCCGGGCCUCCACAGACUGGGCCCCGGGCGGGCCGCACGGCGGACGGCCGGGGCUGAGCCACUCGCGUUGUGUACAGAGUCCUCGGGCCUCCUGGGACGUGCCUCCUCCUACUGUGUAG